CAUUUCGAGGGAGUAAUAAUAUAAAAACCAUUUUUUAUUAUUGUACUUCUUUCGGUCGUCAUAAUAAACUCAGCGUGAACUGAAGCAGAGGUCUAUAAAAACGUUUAAGAGCAAUCCCAGGAUGCAAUAUUUUAAAAACCAGAUGCAAGUCGAUCCGAGUGUCCACUGAUCAUCCGUAAGGUGUAACGCUCUCAUACUGAUCGCAUCAUUGUGUCGUCUAACGGCGGACAUGUCAAACUCGAAAAUGGGUCCGAGUGUUGCGAAGUGCAUCGCCAUAGCUCCCUUCAUCACUGCGUAUUCGACUUUGCACGGUACGCGCUGUCUCUUAGCCAGGUACUCCCUGAUUAUGGCACCGCAGUAUGCGUGAUAUGUUUUGUCUAUUUUCCGCCCUAUUGCUCGCAUUUGUAGAUAGGCCACAGCUUCAUCAAUGGUUGGGAUCUCGGUUUUCCCGGAUUUCCUUUGAAUAGCGUUUGCGUCCUGUGCGUUUCUGGACUGGAUUGACUGACUGGAUUCCAUUGUCCAUGUUCAUUGAAUCAAGCGCUUUUACGAGCUCCAAUAAAUGUUUACAGUUCACUCCUUGAGAGAAUUAAAUAUGUUACCAGGUGGAAUGAAAAUUCUGUGCAUUGUUAUAAACCCGACCGAUUAAUACCAUUAACCGAUAGAUACCAACUCUGGUAUUAUACUCAGGCCACAUACUGUCCACCGAGGUUGCACGUGCGUGUUUUGUUUGCAACGAUUUCAACCGAAUAAAGGAAUUGUUGAUAAAAACGAUGCUCGCCGCCCCCACAACCAGCAGCAACGGAAAGACCGCGGGGCCCCACAAGUCCUGGAAGAAGGUGAACGAAGAGCGGAAAUCGCUGAAGCGGCAGCGCAAGCAAGACAAGCUGCUCAAGGAGCUGCAGCAAGCCAAAGAGGCAGAAUCACAGGCGGAAAAGGCAGCCAAUGAGGUGCAGGCGAAGGAUAAGCUUAAUCCGUCCACGCUGAGCAUAGCAGUGCCCGGUUCUAUUCUCGAGAAUGCCCAAUCCAACGAGCUGCGGGCCUACGUGGCCGGUCAAAUAGCCCGGGCCGCCUGCAUCUUUCGGGUGAACGAGGUAAUCGUCUUCGACGACGUGGGUAUAGCCACCGCCCGGGAAACAAAGCGCAGUUACGAGGCAGAUGCGGAAGGCAGCAGCACUGGCACUGUGCGCAGCAGCUCCUUGCAACUGGCUCGCAUAUUGCAGUAUCUGGAAUGCCCCCAGUAUCUCCGAAAAUACUUCUUCCCGCUGCACAAAGACCUUAAGUACUCUGGCCUGCUGAAUCCAUUGGACACACCGCACCAUCUCCGGCAGCAGAGCAAAUUCAGGUAUCGUGAGGGAGUCAUCUGUGACAAGAAGGCCAAGGAGGGACACAGCUACGCCAACGUUGGGCUGCUUAACGACGUUUUGGUUGACAAGGCUAUAGAACCAGGCGUCAGGGUAACUGUGAAAAUGGAACCUCAAAGUGAGAGCUGUAGAAAGCAGCGGGGAACACUAGUUAGCCCGGAUGAACCACGUCGGGAAACAGGUGUUUAUUGGGGCUACCAGGUGCGCAUCGCACACUCCAUGUCUGAGAUUUUUACCAAAUCACCCUACGCAAACGGCUACGAUGUUACGGUGGGUACCUCGGAUCGCGGAACCAACGUACAUGAGGUGCCCAACCGAUCAUAUAGCUUUAAGCAUAUGCUCAUUGUAUUUGGCGGACUGCAAGGCUUGGAAUCUGCCUUGGCCAACGACGAGAAACUGACCGUAGAUGAUCCUGAGCUGCUGUUCGACCACUAUCUAAAUGUUUUGCCACGCCAAGGAUCUCGAACCAUUCGCACCGAGGAAGCCCUGUUGAUUGCUUUAGCGGCUCUCCAGGAGAAGCUUCAACCGCAAGUGGCUGAUGUCGAGACUGAUUUGAGUGAUCUGCUACCUAAAAGUGAGGAUUCAGGCAUUGCAGUGCGACGAGAUGUUUUAGUUAGCAAAAAGCAGACGAAAAGAAAGCAAGUAGAGGACACCACUGAUGAAACAGUCGUUGAUGAACCUCCGUUUUCAAAACCAUUGCCGAAAGUGGCUCGACUGACGGCCAAUCCUUUUGCCGAUUCCUCCGAGGCAUUAGCGAAAAACACCCCAGCAGAAGACGAUUUUGAAGUGGUUUCCUCCACCACCGUUUCUGGAACAAGCCACUCGUGUGCAGAUGACGACUUAAGUCGGUUCGAUUAAUUGGAAUAGUUGGAAUUUUAUUUUUGUAAAUAUACAGAUCCGUAUGUGUUGCUUAAA